AUGAGAUUUUUAUUCUUUAUUAUUUUCUUUCUUUCUAGAAGAAAUUAUUAUAAAUUUUAUUGGUCAUUAAAUACACAAAAAUGUUCACGUAUUGAAACAAAACAUUUUAAUUCAGUUAAAUAUAUUUAUAUUUAUGGUAUUAAUGACAAUAAUAAUACAAAUAAUAAUAAUAAAUAUUUUCCAAAUGUUAUUGAAUUAACGCUUGAACAAUGUAUGGAACAUAUGGAUUAUUCUUUAUCAGAAAUAUUAAAGAAUAUACUUCCAUUACAUAAAAUUAGAACAAUAAUUAUUAAAAAUUUUUAUCUUCAUUUAAAACAAUUGAUCCAGAUAUUAUAUUAUACAUAUUCUUUAAAUACAAUUGAAAUUGAUUAUUUAUUUUAUGAUGAUAUUGAACAGUUUUUAUUUAAAAGAAACGAUGAUGUUGAACAUAUAUCAAAAAUAAAUAAUGUUAAAACAUUUAAUCUUGUUUACAAUUGUAAUGUUGAAAAGAUAAAGUUGAUUUUCAAUUUAUUUUCUCAAUUAGAAUAUCUUAAAAUUGGAAUUAAAACUAAAGAAAUAAAGCCAACAAUGGAAUAUAUUUUUUCAGAUAAUUUCAAUAAUAUGUUAAAUUUAUGUUUCUUAUGUAUUACUGAUAUAAACAUGAUAUACUUGAAAUAA